UGUUCCACCCACAGGCUUGGCACCGAACAUUACACUUCCAUAAAUACUGUUUGCGCAUUAUCAAGCUGAUAAAAGCCAGCAUGUAUUUGUACAGAGCUUCUACUUGCUUUUCAUAGCGCAAAGCUGGUUCUUCCCCUUCCUCUUCCUUACUCUUUGUGCUUCAUCUCACGGAGAAGACAGACAUCUUGCUGACAAAUACCAGCUUCAUGGAAGACGGUGAAUUCCAGCUUUAAAGGCUUACUGGAAAAUACCACGGCACCAAUGGGCCUCCAGCACACCAAACACUCCAAAGUCAAGCAAGCUAAUAUACUGAUGUUAGGACUUGAUUCUGCAGGAAAAUCUACACUGUUGUACAAGUUCAAGUAUAACGAUGUUUUUCUAACAAUUCCAACAAUUGGCUUUAAUGUUGAUAUGAUUGAAAUCGGGAAGGAUUUUACAUUGACCUUUUGGGAUGUUGGAGGACAACAGAAAAUGAGACAGGUUUGGUGCAAUUUCCUGGAAAACGUAGAUGGACUGCUGUAUGUUGUGGACAGCUCUGAUAAGUGGCGUCUGGAAGAAUCAAAGAAAGAAUUUGAACUCAUUUUAAAGAAUGAAUUUAUAAAAAGCGUACCAGUCGUCGUGCUGGCGAAUAAGCAGGAUUUGCCCGGAGCUUUGAACGCUGAGGAAAUAACCAGGAGGUUCAAGAUGAAGAAGUACUGCAGUGACAGAAAUUGGUACGUACAGCCCUGUUGUGCUAUCACAGGAGAAGGUUUGUCAGAAGCUCUCCAAAGACUAACCACAUUUGCAAAACAAUACAGCAGAUCAAAGGAGACUUCUACAAUCUUUAAGGAAAUAGAAACACUUUGAGAAUUUCUAUCAUCAAAUUCUGGUGAACUUUAAUCAACAUAUUUUGUUGGACAGACUAAAUCUGA